AUGGCUUGCCAGGAUGAUGUGCUUCCUUUGAACAAACCAAUCACGACAUCUAUGGGCGAAUCUAUGCAUGGAUUUGCCUAUUCCCAAGGAAACGAUCUUUUCAAUCUCCACUGUGGGCUACAACAGGAACACGGACGUUUGGUAUUCGAUCCCGAGCAUCGGCUGGACGGACGCUCAACGAAGAAGGAUGUGUCGGCGUUUAUAAUUCACUCCCGUGGAUGGACAAAGGGAAUGUAUCUUCUGGGGAUUUCGGUGCCUUCCCCUCAGCCAGGUACCCUUACGUUCUUUACCUCCGGCACACUAGAGAUGCACGCAUUUUUCGCUGAACUCACCACAGAGGCAGAGCGAACCCGGCGAGAACCAUGUGGUAUAAUGAAAGGUGAUGUGGAGAAAGGCGUCCAACUGCCGCUCAAAGUGAAGCUUGCAUCUCGCGAAGAGCCUGAAUAA